AUGAUUCGAAGUGAAUCCUUUUGGGAUAUCAGAGACACUGGUCUGGGUUCUUGGGUUUGGAGGAAGCUACUGAAACUGAGAGAAACGGCAAAACAGUUCUUAAGUACAGAGGUUCAUAAUGGUCAGACUACACGCUUUUGGACGGACAUGUGGCAUCCGAGAGGUAGAUUGAUUGAUAUUGCAGGAGAGUCAGGGACCUUCAAACUCGGCAUUGCUAGGUCUGCUCUAAUUUGUGACGUGCGGAAUGAGGCAGGAUGGGGUUUUAGACGAUGUCGAGACAGAGAUAUGCGAGAGCUCAUCAGCUUGGUGGAAGAUCAUCCUCUGCCAGAGAAUAGACAAGCGCAAGAUGCUGUUUUGUGGCGCAAAAAUGAUACUGAUUUCUGCAAACAUUUCUCCACUUCAGAGACAUGGCACAGAAUUCGUACUCAUUACCCUUCCCAAGACUGGAGUAAAGUGGUCUGGUUCUCAUAUAGAGUGCCGCGGUUUGCAUUUAUAACCUGGCUGGCGUGA